CCGGCGUCCAUCUUCUUCUUCUCUCCGUAAAGGUACUGACGCUACUUAGUUUUCAUCGACAACGUUGCAUAUAUUCGGUCGUGUAAACACGUGAAUUUAUUGCAUUGUCAACGUUCAUUGAGAAGGAUAAGUUGAAAAGGAUGGCAGACGCACCGGCACCUGCGGUACGGGGAGGCUUUCGAGGACGCGGAGGUGGACCACCUCGCGGUGGACGCGGUGGCUUUGAUCGUGGACGGGGUGGACCACCACGCGGUGGAAUGAUGCGUGGACGUGGUGGACCAGGUAUGAGAGGGGGGCCACCAAGUAUGCGAGGCAGAGGAGGUCCACCAUCUAGGGGCCGAGGAGGUUUCCCUGGAGCUGGAGGACCACCCGACACAGCUGGUAUGGGUGCACCAAGAGGUAGGGGAGGAGCUGGAGGAGCAGGAGGAGGAGGAGGAGGUGGUGGAGGCGGCGGUGGUGGUGGCGGCAGCGGCAGCGGCGGUGGUGGUGGUGGUUUCAGAGGUAGAGGUCGUGGUGACUUUGGUCGAGGCGGAGCAAGUAGCUUUAGAGGCAGAGGUGGCCCUAGUGGUGACAGAGGUAGAGGAAGAGGUGGACCUCCGCGUCCAGGCGGCGGUCGUGGUGGCUUCGAUCGUGGCGGUCGAGGUGCCGGAGUUGGUCGAGGUGGUCCUGGACAGAAACGUGGUGCAGGACCACCUGGUGCUGGUGGACCACCGAAGAGGCCGAGGUUCGACGCACCACCAGCACCGCCAUCUAAUGGUUACGUCUCCCAACCACCAGCUCCAGGUUAUGGUGCAGCAGGCAAUGGUUAUGCAGCACCAGCACCACCAGCUGGUGGUUAUGGUGGUGGUGGUGGGUAUGCUCAACAGGGUUACCCCCAAGGAUACCAAAGCUAUGAAAGUUAUCAGCAACCACCCGAAUAUGCACAGUCAGCGGGCUACGCAACAGCAGCACCACCAGACAAUCGAUAUGGUGCCCCACCAGUGGCUAAUUCUGGCUAUGCAGAUCCUUAUGGAUACAAAGCCCCAGCUGCAGCACCUUAUCAACAAGAGGCAGUGGACAGCGGUUACUAUAAUUAUUCUUCAGGUUAUGACUAUCAAGGCCAAUCUGCUAACUACACUCCUAUGAACUAUGGAAGCAAUUAAUAGCAAACCGCAAUUACAUGAUUAUGCGGGCCAAGAAGAUGUUUACGGAAGCCAAGACUAUGGUAAGUACCGAUAUUGAAAUGAAGAAAACGCAUAACUUCGCUCCAACCCUUCUCUUUACACUGUAGUGUGUAAUUCUGCCCCGGAACUGUUGCACUCAGUUGUGCUCUUAAAAAAAAAACAGUAAUGAAGUUCAAUAGAAAUGACGCGGAAUUGCUUGCCACAGUGUUAAUUCUUUGAAGAGUUUUUAAUUAAGUUCUUGUUAGGCACAUUUGUGUGAAAUAGAUCUCCUAAAUAAUUAUUGACUCAAAAAAGAAGUAGAAGAUAAUAUUGGGUUCAUUUCUGAGAAUUAGUUUUAUUAGUGUUUUAUAUGAAGUCUUGAGUCUAAAAGAAAGUAUAAACUGGCACGAUGUAAAAUAAUAAUUUUUAUGAAAUAGUAUUAUAACAAAACAAAUGCUAUGUGAAAAAUAGAUGUAGUGAAACUUUGAUUGUUUACUUUCAGUAAAUUUUUAUAACCAACAUGACUUAUUACUAUAAUAAAAUAAUAAAAAGCUGAGUAUGUAAAAUUUACGUACAAGAUAACUAAAAAUCAAGCGUGCGUGCGAAAAUUGACGAAAAAUUACUAACCAUCCAUUUAUUUCACGAAGAAAAAUCUUUUAAAAAUUUUUAAUAUUACGUCUGCUUUAUCAAAGAUAUUUUUAUGACUACAAAUCACAAGAUUACAAAUUAUUUAUAUUUGGUUUAGGAUGAAAAUAGAAAGAAACCAAAUAUGAGACAAUGUCAUAAAUAUAAAUUAUUGAGAUGCUGUGAGGCAUGAAUUGGCAUAUCUACAAAAUAAUUAUUUUAAAGCACUUAAUAAUUUAUUAAUAUCUUUUAAUAAAUAUUAAUUAUUACUAAUAAAUAUUAUUAAUAAAGAAAAUACGAUCUACGAUUACAUAUACAUAUUUUCUAUCACGUGAAAAAAUUUUUUUAUUUCAAACUUUUUUAGACUUCCAAUACAAAUAAUCUUUUAUUUUUUAUUCGCCUUAGUUGAUUAUUUAUAAUUUCAAACUUUUUCAUGUGUAAAUACAUAUUAGGAGAAAAUAAUGUUUCAGAAACAUAAAAAAACUUCUUUCUUAAUAUUUUGUCUUGCAAAUAGGUUUGAUUUAGCUGUAACUCACGUCAAUGUGCACUUGCUUACAUUUAAAAUGCUAUAGAUUACAUGAGUGGCUAAUAAAAAUUUAUAAUGAUCAAGCAAACAUAUGGAUAUGACAGAAAAGAAUUUGUGAUUCACGACAUUUUUAUCUUUUACUUAAUAGAUUUUUAUGGCUAAAAGGUAGAGGAAAUUGUAUAGUUACAAUUGUUAUAAAGGAGUAGAAACCAAAAAAAAACAUGUAUGAUUAGAGAUUUGUGAUCAUGAGUAUUUAGAAACAGAAAAUAAAAUGACUGUAAUCGUAAAACAGUUUUUUAAGUAGUAAAUGGAAAUUGCAAAGAAAUUUUGCGUUAUUAUCACUAAAUUUUAUAUUCUCAAAAAGAUUUAUAGAAACAUUAGAUUAAAACUCGUAUACAAUUAGUGAGUCGAAAUAUAAAAAAAACCUGCAACCUGAUCGACUUUUUAUCCGAAUAAAUAGUGCUUAAUCAAUUGACAUUAUCGUAUGACAAAAAGAACAAAGUUCUUGUGUGAAUAAGAAAGGACGAAUGCGUGAUUGUUUUUUUUUUGUUUUUUAUUAUUUCUUUUUACAUUGGUGAUCCUUUGAAAAUACCUCAGACGCAUCAAUAAAUGUGUUAUCAGAUACCAUAGCGUAAUUAUUGAUAAUACUAAAUAAUGUAUGCAAAUUAAUAUUUAAUCAUAACGCUCCUAGAAGAAAAAAAAUUAAAAAUUCAUAAUAAGACUAGUUGCGAUUUAUUACCUUCCUUGACUUAUGAUUGAUCUUCAUACAAAAAAUGUACAACUUAUGAUAUGACAAUCAUUUUUCUAUGACUUUUUAAAUUCUAAGCAAACUAUAACAAAGGCACAGGUAAAUAAUAAAAUUCUUUAUGGUAGUUGAUUGAUACAUUCAUGGUGGCCACUUCACUUGGAAACAAAAAUACAAUUUCUAUAAUUUUCUAUUUUGUCAAACGUUUUAUUAAAAUAGGUAGGCUAACAUUACGAUAUUUAUAUAAAAACAUAGAUUGCAAUAUAUUAGAUUAAAAUUUCAUUGCAAAAAAUUAAAUUAACAAAACAAUUAUUAUAAAAAUAUCGAAAUAAAAAAUAUGAUGAACAACAUAAUAAAGAAAAUAACUCUGAAGGAUGGUAAAUAAAAUGUUGAUCCAAAAUUGAGUGGUCACCAUAAAGAUAUAGUUAUAUUUUAUUACUAAAGAUUUCUACCUUGACAAUUAUUUGUAAGUAUUGAAAGGUAUCUCGUAUGUUAUACUUUGGUAUGAAAAGCACAUUUUAUUUCUGGAUUCAUUACCUACAUCAUUUGCUAUAUUUUCUAAAGUUCAUUCUAUUUUUGUUUGUUCAUUCACAUAUAAACACAAAACACUGAAAUAUUUGUUCAAUGCAACUAUUUAAAAAAGAGCGUACACAAUUUUAAGUAAAUUAGUUAAAAUAAAAACAUCUCAGAUGCCUUCAAGUGAAUGGUGUGGAUGGAGGUAUGAACACUUCUUAAUUCAGACUUUCUCAAAAACUGUCUUGUAUAUUGUGAUUUAUUUCUACUCUCAUUCUUUAAAGUUUCAGUUGCAAAGUUUUACUUAUUUUUGAAAUUUAAUAAUUGUUAUAUGUAAAAGUAAAUCAGAAAUUAUUUACAGAAAAUUUUGACUACAUCAAUUUCAAAUGAAUUCAGUUUAUUUCACAGGCAUCAAGCAAAAAUAUGUACAGGAAUGAAAUACAAUGAAAUUUACCAGCAAGCAGAUCACAUUACAUUAUAAUGUAAAGUACACAAAUAAGUGGCACAUCUAAAGAAUAGAACAGCUGAAAAUAAGCUUAGCAGAUACAAAAAAAUAUACGAAAUAUUCAAGUGUUAUGGAUUAUAGGCAUCCUUAAAAAAAUUUGCUAUGAAAUGAUGGGGAUGAAAAAAAAAAUUUCUUAAAAUGUUACAAAAGAUGCAUUUAUCAUUGAUUGGCAAACAUACAUUAUCAUAUAAUGAAACAGUUGCAAUCAAUUAUUUUAAAACAUAUUGAGAAAAAAAUCCAUUUAAUAGAACGUUCAAUGUAUAAUAUAAAGUAAUAAGUCAAGGAAUACAGAAUAUUUCAAAAAAUGAAACGGAAUGUUUUGAUAAAGCACAAAAUCAAAACUAUCAGGCAUUCAUUGAAAAAUCAUGUUGAGAAUUUCUAUUUCAAUGCCCGAUGUAUAAAUUCAUCUCAAGCGCUAAGUCAGUUGCAGGUGAGUAAAAUGAAAAAAUUCAGUACCUUCUAUAUGAAAAUAAACAACAAAAAGAGUUGCUUUGUAAAAUAAGGAUGAAGUAAUCACAAAACACUUUGUUACUUUACAAAGCAGAAAUGAAAAAAUAAAAAUAUAUGCAUCACAUGAUUUUGUAGAAGUAAAGUUGGAAAACGUCAAUCAUCCAUUAGCGUGCGUUACUAAGUGAAAUAGGUCAAAUUUUAAAACAAUAGGCUUGCUAAAAAAUGACUUUACAUGUUUUUACAAAAUUUGAAAAAGAAAAACUGAUAAAGCGUAGGAGUGGUUUGAAAUGUAAUUGAAUUUUCUAGUACUAUAAUUCCAGAAACAAAGCUAAUCAGACUAUUGAAUAUUAAAAAAUUAAUAAAAAUAAGAAAUAUUUGGAAAAAAUAAUGAAAAAUUUACGUAAUUAUAUUCGUAGUCUGAGCUUGAAGUUUUUAUUUUUGUAAAUCCCUAUAUAAUGGAUACAUUCAUUUUUAUAUGUAAC